AUGGUUACACGCCCGGAAAGCCCCGGGGGAAACUCGAUGCUGCACGCGCAAAUUCGCAGCUUGCAAAGGCAACUAGACGCCAAGACGGAGGAGACUGCCUCACUUCGUCGUCAGUUGGAGACGAGAGACGAAAUGGAUGUUGGCCUGCUCAGCGAACAGUUACGGUCGGCAACACGCGAGUGUGCCAUGUGGAAGGGGCGAGCAGAAGCUGCCGAGAAACGGGUCGUGGUGCUCGAACGCUUCACACGUAAGAUUCGGUGCCUCAAAGGGGGAGAUGGGCAAUACGAUUCGGCUGAUGUGUCUUCCAGGGAGCGAGAGAGCACCGACAUGACCGGAACCGAGGAUGGGGAGUUGGUGACAUCGAGAAUUAAAUUGGCAUUCAGGAAUUUGGAUGGCACCAGAAGCGGCGAUGGCGGAGCCGCUGCGUGGUGGAAUACAAGGAACGGUGUCGAUGAAGGGAUUAAACCCUCCUCGGGGUUGUGGAAGCAGUCCAAGAAUUGA